GCCCCAAUACGGAAGCGGCGGGGUACUCGGGAACCGAGUGCCGGUGGGUCCAAGCCAUGGGGCAGCCCUGGGCGGUGGGGACCGCGGAGGGGGCGCCCGCGCGGCUGCCUCUUGUGCUUACCGCGCUGUGGGCCGCGGCUGUGGGCCUGGAGCUGGCCUAUGUCCUGAUUCUGGGUCCCGGGCCGCCCCCGCUGGGACCCCUGGCUCGGGCCUUGCAGCUAGUGCUGGCCGCCUUCCAGCUGCUCAACCUGCUGGGCAACGUGGGGCUCUUCCUGCGCUCGGACCCUAGCAUUCGGGGCGUGAUGCUGGCCGGCCGCGGUCUGGGCCAGGGCUGGGCUUACUGCUACCAGUGCCAGAGCCAGGUGCCACCGCGCAGUGGGCAUUGCUCCGCCUGCCGCGUCUGCGUCCUUCGUCGGGAUCACCACUGCCGCCUGCUGGGCCGCUGCGUGGGAUUCCGCAACUACCGGCCCUUCCUGUGCCUGUUGCUUCACGCAGCAGGCGUCCUGCUCCACGUCUCUGUGCUGCUGGGCCCGGCCCUGUCUGCCCUCCUGCGAGCCCACGCGCCCCUGCACACCGCCGCCCUCCUCCUGCUGCCCUGGCUCAUGCUGCUCACAGGCAGAGUGUCUCUGGCGCAGUUUGCCCUGGCCUUUGUGACCGACACGUGUGUGGCAGGUGCACUGUUGUGUGGGGCUGGGCUGCUCUUCCAUGGGAUGCUGCUGCUGCGGGGCCAGACCACGUGGGAGUGGGCUCGGGGCCAGCACUCUUACGACCUGGGCCCUUGCCACAACUUGCAGGCGGCUCUGGGGCCCCGCUGGGUCCUCGUCUGGCUCUGGCCCUUCUUGGCUUCCCCACUGCCUGGGGAUGGGGUCACCUUCCAGACAGCAGCAGAUAUGGGCCUCGUGGCUUCCUGAUUCCAGGAAGAGCCAGAGGUGUUCAGGGAGAAGGUAGCAGGAGACGGGGGCUUCUAACUCCUUUGGGGCCCAACUCCGGCCUCCAGUCCCAACCUUGGCCUUGCCCCUGCCCAGCUUGGACUCCGGUAUCCAGGGCUUGGGUCCCGCAGCUCUGCCUCUGUUGGCCCCCCGAGUAGAGUGGAUGGUUUGGUAAGGGGCUGCUUGGCCAGCCUAGUCACCCCUUUGCUGGGUUAAUAAAGUGCCCACUUGGUUCUUGGACUCCCUCCA